AUGGCACCACUUAGAGUAAUAAAUGAUACCGUUUCCAAAAGGCCAAAUUUUCUUGCACUUCCCAUUGAAGAAAGGAAGGAUGUAUCUAAGGAUGGUUCUUUUAUUCCACAAAUCGAUGGGUCCUUGAAAUGGAUGUCUGCAGACGAAAUUAAAAAAGAACAACGUAAAUUGAAAGCGAGAAAUUGGUUCUUUGAUAGACCAGUUGAUUUUCACUUAUACACUCGGAAGAAUCCUAAAAAGUCGCAGAAAAUAUCUGCCAACAAUGCAAAGAGUUUGAAGAAAUCCAAUUUCAAUAGUGACAAUCCCACAAGAAACAUUAUCCAUGGCUGGUAUAACAACUACAACUCGGAUGUAAAUACUGAAAUCCGUAAAGCUUUCUUGGAAGUCAUGGACUGCAACGUUAUCUCUGUGGACUGGAGUCAACGGCAACAUGUCGCGUUGUUGGAUGAUCUUCAUGUCAUCGGUCACAGUUUAGGUGCGCAUGUGUCAGGGAUAGCUAGCAGAAAUGUGAUUGCCGGAAAAGUUCACACAAUCAUAGGCUUAGAUCCAGCCGGGCCACUCUAUGAAGAUUAUUCUUCGUCCAUAGACGAGUGUCUGACCAAAGAUGACGCCCGAUAUGUUGAGGUGAUUCACACCAAUGGAGGUAGAUUGGGUUAUUUGAAACCAAUUGGAAAUGCUGACUUUUAUGUAGAUGGAGGUGAAUAUCAGCCGGGAUGUCUCCUUAAAAGUAGUUGGAUAUGUUCUCAUUUGAGGGCAUUUUGGUAUUAUUCUGAUGCAAUAGGGGAAAACAGAUUUACGAGCAAAAAGUGUACAGGAUAUAAAUUUGCCAUUGUGAACCAAUGCCUUGAAGAAGAUAAUGAAGUCCAAUUGGGAGGUGCAAUGAAUUAUGAAUUGGCAAGUGGAGUGUAUUACACACCUGUGAAUGCAGUACAACCUUAUGGAAUGGGAUAG